CACACACCGAUGGUUCCUGUCGGUCACCAUGAGCCACCGGCCUCGCGCGCUCUGCUGCCUCUCCCUCGCGCUCGUCCUGCUGCUGCCUCGCGCUCCGGUGGCGGCGGAGUACUCCUCUUCAAAGACCGACCUGGACUACGAGUUCGGGGACUACCGGGGGAAGUGGUGCAUCGACGACCACGGCUUCGUUUACGCCAUCGGAGAGAUUUACUACCCGAGCCCCUCCGCGUGCCCGUGCACGUGCACCGUGGACGGUCCGGUGUGCGUGCGCCCGAAAUGUCCACGCGUCCAUCCCCGGUGCACGCGGAUCAGGUACAGAGCGUGCUGUCCGGUGUGUGAGGCCAUGGCCCGGGUCUGUGUCUACGCGGGAAAAACGUACCGACUCCUGGAGGAGUUCAGGUUGUCCCGGUGUGAGCGCUGUCGCUGCGAGGCUAACGGAGAGGUGUACUGCAGCAUCUCAGACUGCCCCGCCCCUCACUGCGUCAACCCCACCUACGAGCCCAAGCACUGCUGCCCCAUCUGUAAGAGCGGUCCAAACUGCUUCGCGGGGAACAGAGUGAUCUCAGCGGGGGAGCGUGUCAACGUCGACGAGCGCACCGUUUGUUUCUGCACCUACAGGGACGGGACAUGGCACACACACCCACAGGCCACCUGCGAACAGCGCCCCCUGCCCAGCCCCACGUCCAGCAUCCGCACCGAGCCCCCCAGGGAGGAGAAGACCAGGGGGAGGGGGGGCAGCGGGUACAUCCCCCGACUGGAUCUGAUCCCAUGAGAUGGUUUAAUCAGGGUCAAUAAAACGCUUACUUUGAUUAUUAGAAACAGGAGAAAACGGCACAAUUUGUUUUUAAAAUCGUCUCCUUGACAACCACCGAAAUGUAAACAAGAUUUUAUUUCUCAGUUCACCCUGAAGGUGUUCAGAUGUCCUGGUUUAUUCCUCUCUUCCUGCACACGUGCAAAUCUACAGUCCGUCCACAGUAGGCCUAGUUACUUGCCACGCCCAGAAAACCUCCCAUCAUGCCCCUGGGGAAAGUGGGAGGAGUCAGAGAGUGAGGUUAAUGUAUCGGUUAUUUACAGUAGGUGACUCCUGCAGGAGGUCGCUCGGCUUCUCUCCACCGACCUGCUGGUUUCCGUUUGUAGGCCGAGCGAGGCCGGAGGUGUCCAAGUAGACCACACACACACAGACAAACACACACAGAAACACACACACACACAGACAAACACACACAGAAACACACACAGAAACACACACAGAAACACACACACACACACA